AUGCCCUUUUCCUUUCGCCCCGCCGCAUGCCCCCUCCUUCCCCCUGCGUGUGUCGACUCCAGUUGUUCGACCUGGACGGCAUACCUGCACGACUCGGCGCACACCGGCAGCGUCCCCCACAUGCCCCCCUCCUUUUCCCCCUCCGCGUGCUCCUGUCCCCCCCCCCCCCCCCCCCCCUCCUCCCUCCCCCUUUGCGCCGUGUGGCGAGAGCAGCUGUUCGACCUGGAGACGGCAUACCUGCACGACUCCUCGCACACCGGCAGCGUUCUCAGAGGCUUCGACUCCCUUCUUGCUGCUCCUCGAGCCGCCAGCAGGUGCUUUUCCCUCUGCUCCGUCCGCUUCUUCCCCCCCCCCCCUCCGCUUCAGCUUCUCCUUCCGCCUCCGCUUCCGCUUCUCCUCCCGCCCGCCUACCAAAUCCCAUUCUCCUUCUCCUUCCUCUUCCACCCAGUACCUCCCCUCUCUCCAUUUCUUGCUCCCUCUCGCACGCUGAGGAACAAGCCACAGGGAGAGACGCAGACGGCCGCUCGGACCUGCAUGCGCUCUUCUCCUCUCGUUCCAAGUCCAGUGGGGCGCCUGGUAACGGCCCAACCCCCCCUCCCUAGUGCAACCCCCUUCCUGCUUCCCCAUGCUUGUGCAUGUCCUCCCUCCCUCUCCUGCCCUCACUCCCCUGUCCUCCCUCCGUCUUCUGCUCUCCCUCCUCCUUCCCCCCCUCCUCCUGCCCUCCCUCCUCCUGGCCUUCCUCGACAUGCCUGCGCCUACAGAAUUGGGUUAGCAGCAGGAGGCGCAGGCAACUGGAGUUUCAUUCAUGCAGUCAAGCUACAGGCAGUCAUGCUGACAGGCAGUCAUGCCGACAACAUAGAGCCGCAGAGUCAUUGA